AUGCGCACCCCCACCGCUCCUCCAACGCACACUCCCGGCAAGGUGGUGCCCGUGUCAACGGAGAGGUUUGGCGGCGGCAACACGGCAGCUGUAUUUCAGGCCAAGCUCCAACGCGCUCUGUGGCUUGACCAGCUCAUGGCAAUCGCCAAAAAUGAGGCCCGUGCACGGGCAAGGACGCGCUGCACCGAGGCUGACGAGCACGACGCUCUUUGGUGGCAGCAUAAGCGGGAGCGGGAGCGUCAGCAGCACAACGAGGACAAGGUGCUCCGGCUGGAGGCGUUGCAUGAGGCGCAAGCGGCACCAGUAUGGGACCUCCUGCCUCACCGCUGGGCAGAUCUCGUGGAGCGCGAAGAGGCAAGUGACAGACGCGCCGUCGAGGCGGCAGCACAGGACGGCCUCCAAAUGCUCUACGCUGUCCAGCACACCUGGCAGCUACAGGAGGCCGUGCGUAAACUAGAGUGGCAGCAACGGGACGCUGAGGCGGUGCAGCACGCCGCCAAGCAUGUGCGCGCGUUGGAGCUGAUGCUGGCUGCGCGUUCGUACAGAGCAGUGCCUGCCUUCACGCCUCCUGUCGACGAUCUUUUCAGCAUUGCCGAAGGAACUCACGCAUCGGCGUCUGCACCGCCUGCGCCCAAGGUGCUGCCGUCGCCGUCGUUGCCUGUUGACCACGAGCCACCCUGCGAGGCCAAAAUACGCGAAAUGUACGACCGUCGGGCCCUCGUGUACGACGAGGCCAAAGAGCGCCUCCUGCUGGACUGGUGGCAGGGAGCGGCGCAGCUCCGCUACGUCGAGGCGCUCAGUGCGUGGCAGUCGUUUGCUCUGUGGAGCUACUAUGUGCGCUCACCCGUGUGCAUGCCGGCGCUGGUGACGGUGCAGCGGUGGUGGCGCAUGCAGCGCGUCGCGCCGUGGUCCCACCACCGCCGCGCCGCCCUGAAAAGCAGUCUCGCGAAGUUGCGCAGACACAACUACGUGGAACAGUGCAGGCAGCAUCUGCGUAGCCUACAGCGUACCCUUCCACAUGAGAAGGACGGUGACACGAGCGCUGCCGAUGACGUCAGCGCUGCACUAGUGGCGCUGGUGGCCGCUGCCACGAGUUCUCACCGGUACAGAACGGAGAUGGACCUGUACACCUAUACGGUUGUGCAGGAGGCCCGUGCGGCGCUAGCAAGUCGGCCCAUCCAAGAUGCGGCGGUGGCAGCUAUGAUGCAGGCAUCGCUGCGGUCUCUGUGUACGUGCAGCCAGUAUCCGCUGCCCUAUGGCAGCUGGCGCCACCGUCGGUGGGCGCUGUACUCGGAAGCUUACCGACUGGCCGUUGCGGCAGUGGAGCGCGCAGAGACGUCGCACCGGCAGUGCGUCGAGGCUGAAGAAGCGGAAUACCGUCAUCACGCUGCUGUGUUUCGCGCCAUUUUGCACCGUGGUCUGCUGGCGGUGUUGGGGCUACAAGCAGCGCAGGUGGCGCUCGCGCAGGAGGAGCGAAAGUCACAGCUACGCAUUGCUCAACAAGAGACUCAUGAAUACAAUGUCCUGCGCGCUACGGUCGUGGCGGCGCUCCCCUCCCCCUCCCAGGCGCAUCCGCCCCUGGAACGUUGCGAAGCGGUCAACAGGGAGGUCAAACGUGAGGCGCAGACGACGGCAGCAGCGAUGCCCACCCCCGUAGCAACGCACUCACCCAGGGGCCACGGCGCUGCUGAGUCAAGCAAUACUGCCGCCGCGUCUUCCUCUACAGAGCAAGAUGCGUGGGCGCAAGUGCGUAGUCGCGCCAAGCUGGCACACGAAGUGUUGGCAUCGACGCAAGAGCAGUCUGCUCAGGUGCAUCCGGAGCGAAGCGGCGCAUCAACGGCCACAGACACGGCAGCAGCCCUUCCAGAGGAUGCCGUGUCUCUCUACUGCGCGGCGUUUGACAAAGUAGCUACCGCAGUGUACCACGACCAGUACACUGCUGUGCGUGGGCGCUAUGUGGCGCGCAACGCAGAGGCACUGAGGCAGAUGCGCGAGUCGUUCAAGGUGGGCCUGCGUGAGCGCGCCAUCAUCAUUGCGGAGGAGGCGCGGGAGCUGGAGCACAUCCGGCACUGUGACACUUCCGCCCGGCGCGUUAGGUGCUUCCAACUCGAGCGAAGCGAGUCCGACAGACGAGCAGCCCUUGAGCGCGCGCAGGGGAAGGUGGCGGCGGACCUUUACGAGGCGCUCUCCGACAGUCUUCAUGGUUCCCAAUGGGCAGCGGAGGCGAGGGAGAGGGCCGAGGAGGCGCACCUCGCCGCUGCACGCUCACGGCGACACCUCUCGCUGCCAUUGCCAUCACUCUCUCCUGCGGAGCGCCUUCUCUCGCGUGAGGCGGUGUGCCGCACUCGUCUCGUGUGCGACUGCGCUGCUGCGCUAGCCGAUGUACUGGUACAGGGCUCUCGCUCUUACCAUGAGCAGACGUAUCAGGACUGGGCCGCGCUCUGCGGCAGGGCUGGCGCCGAUCUCGACAUCGCCGCCUCCUCGAAUGUACCUCUGGGACAGAUGUGCAUCUUGAAGGCGGACGAGUGGGACGGCCGUCAGGGCAUCUGGCGAGAGGCGCAGGCCGGCGCAAGGACGCUGCUGGUGGACGGGCACGCGCUCUAUGGCGCCAACACCGCGUGGUCCGACUACCUCUUCGGGCACCUGAAGCUGACGAGUGAGGCCUCCUAUAUGGAUGCGCAGCUGCGUGCGCACCUGCUGAUGCGGGUUGCCAAUGUGAAGCUGAAGGUGGGCGAGCUCAUCCAGAUGGAGACGAUGGCGCGCGGCCGAGUCGAGUACGCCGAAGCCAUCACGCGCGACCUCCGCUUCCACCUGCGGCGUCUGCGGCUGGAGUAG